AGCAGAGCAUCGCGAUUCACGUCCAUAAAUUGUUUGACUUUCUGCGUCGAAGAAAUCCAAAACACCUCCGCCUGCAGCUGCUCUCGUCUCUAUAUAUCCAAGCAACUGCUCAUUUUCUAUCUCUGCAGUUGGGAGAAGUCGAGGAAAGCCAUGGGCCAAGCUUUCUGCUGCGUUCAAGUAGACCAAUCCACGGUAGCGAUCAAGGAAUCCUUUGGGAAAUUCGACGAUGUGCUUCAGCCUGGAUGCCACUGCUUGCCUUGGAUCUUCGGCAAGCGUGUCGCCGGCCGCCUCUCCCUCCGAAUGAAGCAGCUCGACGUCAAAUGUGAAACAAAGACAAAGGACAAUGUGUUUGUGAACGUUGUGGCAUCCAUCCAAUACCGUGCUCUGCCAAACAAAGCAAGUGAUGCUUUCUAUAGGCUUAGCAACACACAGUCUCAGAUCCAAGCUUAUGUAUUUGACGUGAUAAGAGCCAGUGUGCCAAAGCUCAUCCUGGACGAUACUUUUGAGCAAAAGAAUGAGAUAGCCAAAGCUGUGGAAGAGGAACUUGAGAAGGCCAUGUCUGCUUAUGGCUUCGAGAUUGUGCAGACUCUCAUCGUCGAUAUCGAACCAGAUGAGCAUGUUAAAAGAGCCAUGAAUGAAAUCAACGCAGCUGCAAGAUUGAGAAUGGCAGCAAACGAGAAGGCGGAAGCCGAAAAGAUUGUGCAGAUUAAGAAGGCGGAGGGUGAAGCGGAGGCCAAGUAUUUGUCGGGCGUGGGCAUUGCCCGUCAGCGCCAAGCCAUCGUGGACGGCCUGAGAGACAGCGUGCUUGGCUUCUCUGUGAACGUGCCAGGAACAACUCCGAAGGACGUGUUGGACAUGGUGCUCAUCACCCAGUACUUCGACACCAUGAAGGAGAUCGGAGCACAGUCCAAGUCCUCGUCAGUUUUCAUCCCUCACGGACCGGGGGCCGUCCGUGACAUUGCUCAACAAGUCCGGGACGGCCUUCUCCAAGCAUCUACCCUUUGAUUAUCAAAUUAAUGGAGAGUAAUUAAUAAGUGAAGGUUGUGUAUCAUCUUGUGUGCUUAUAUCGAACUGCCGGGCUGUAAGUAAACUAGGUGUGUGCUUAAACAAUUGUCUUAAUUAAACGUGCUUCAGUUUGUUGGUAACCAAAUCGUUUCUGAUUUUCAA